AUGGUAAAAUCGUACGUGAUAAGUUUAGGCGACAUACAGGAACAGCUAGAAUUAUGCAGCAUCACUGAAGCUCAGAGGUAUGAAUGCACGUUAACAGCAUCUUCCUCAGGGCCAAGGUGCUCUUCUAGUAGUACAGCUCUUGGGAAGACUGUGGACAAUUCAGAAGUUACUCAAGAAGAAAUUGUGCUCCCACGAAAGAAAACCUGGGAUAAGCUAGCUGUUCUUCAGACAUUGGCUUCUACUGUGAAGAGGGAUCCUACUGCUGCUCAUUAUAUGUUCCAGGAUGACCCUUUCCUUAUCCCAAGAAAUGCAGCCAGUGCUCGUCUAUUUGCAUUGUCGAAGGAGUCUGGGAGAAAUGCUGCAAAGUACAUUAUUAAGCAAUUUCCUCAGUAUUUUGACAAGACUUUUGCAGAGCCCAACGUACCAUGCUUGAUGCCUGAGACUCUUACACCACAGAUUGAAGGAGUGAGUGAGGAAGCUCUAAAAGAGCGUAUCCACCUCAGAAGGGUGAAGGAGUCUGUGGAUCUGUUCGAUCAGCUCAUACAAGCAGGUACCCCCAUAUCUCUGGAGACCACAAACAGCCUUUUAGAUUUGUUAUGCUUCUGUGGAGAUGGAGAAGCUACUCCGGAAAAAGAGGAAGAAGAAAAAGAGGAUUUGGAAGAACCAGGGGUGAAUGCUUCAGAGCAGAAGGCUCCAAGGAGACGGUUCCAAAGGGGUUCACAGUCACCUGGGUGGAGGGAGGACAACAAUGCUGAAAGGAUAUUUAAGAUCAUGCCAGAGAGGAAUGCACACUCCUAUUGCACAAUGAUCCGUGGGAUGGUGAAGCAUGGGGCUUCUGCUAAAGCUUACGACAUGUACAUAGACUUGCUGAAUGAAAGACACAAGGCUGAUGUGCACACCUUCAACGCCUUGAUUACAGCAGUCCCAUAUCUAAAGGAGAAGUUCGUAGAAAGAUGGGAAUUAGCCAAGGUUUUCCUGAAUCACAUGGUUCAACAGGAAGUGCAACCAAAUCUGCUAACUUUUAACUCUUUACUGAAGACUCUGAGAAGAUGUGGUGGUGUAGGCAGAAGUAUGUCUUUAUUGGCAAUAAAGGAAAUGGAAGCACUUGAUAUAGAGCCUAGCCUGGCAACAUAUGAUCAUCUUCUCUUUAUAUUUUAUAGAGGCGUUGAUCUUGGCUCAUCAGGCGUCAUCUCUGAGGUGCUAGAUGAUGUCGAAAAGAGGAGCUUCACUCCCCAGGACCCAGAUGAUGCCAAAUUUUUUACCACCGCUAUGCAAGCGUGCUGUGAUCUUAAGGAUAUCAAGCUUGCCUAUCGGUUAAAUAAGGCAAUGGAGAAGGGGGACAACUGGAAAUUCUUGGACAUGGACCGGCUAAAUGCCUACUGGUCAAAAUUCUUUUCGUUGUUGUGUAUGAUGGAACAAAUUGAUGUUGUCUUGAAAUGGUACAAAGAAAUGUGCCCUUCGCUCUUCUAUCCAACUCCUAAAAAUAUAUUGGACCUCCUUCAAGCACUGGAUACAGCCAACCACUUGGAAGUGAUCCCUUCAGUCUGGGAAGAUAUGAAACAGCUGGGGUUUAAUAGGAGAUAUGACCUGUUGGAAGAGAUCUUGUCUUUGAUGAGCAGGGAGCAGCACCCUGAAGAGACUCAGCUGGCGUUUGCCAAGUGUGCCGAAGACAUCAAAGCUGUCCACGAGCAAACCGGGAGGGAGCAGGCCCCCUUGGAAUGGACAGGCAGUGCCCUGGGCAGUGUCGUUCUGUUGUUUUCCAGGGCUGGGAGAACCCAGGACGCUUGGAACAUGAUGGAGCGUUUCCAGCAAAUCAAUAGGAUUCCCACCGACCAAGUGAUGGAUGAGUUCUUGAACUGUGCUAAACAAACCAACAACCCAGAUGAAGCGAUUAAGCUGGUAAAGCUGGCAGCGUCCCUCGGUCUCCCUUCAUCUCAAAGGCUUAAAAGCAGAACGGAGGAGGAAUUUGAGCUCUCUGAAAAGCAGAAAAAGACACUGGAGAGUAUCAAGUCAGACAGCGACAGCAGCGAUAGUGACAGUGACAGCGACAGCGACCGUGACCGUGACCGUGACUGUGACUAG